AGCAGAGUGAAAUAGAAGGGCUCAGUGUCUCCCCUCUUCCUGCAUUUGUAGGUGCCCUGACUGCAGUGGGAGCAGAGGAAGAGGAAGAUGCUGAAUCUCCCUGGGAUUCUGAGGCGGAUUCUGAAAGUCCGGAAGAAGGAUCACCUGGUGUGUUGCUUCCAGCUGCAGACAGACACGGAGCACGCUCGCGGAUUGUUUCAGGGGAGCGCCACACCGGCAUUUUGGAGAACCCCGACAAUUCCCAGCUGAAGACCCCUGCAUCUGUUUUGGAAAUGAAUGAAACCUCUCCUAAAAAAAUGCAGCAGAAAUCAGGUGCCCUGACUGCAGUGGGAGCAGAGGAAGAGGAAGAUGCUGAAUCUCCCUGGGAUUCUGAGGCGGAUUCUGAAAGUCCGGAAGAAGGAUCACCUGGUGUGUUGCUUCCAGCUGCAGACAGACACGGAGCACGCUCGCGGAUUGUUUCAGGGGAGCGCCACACCGGCAUUUUGGAGAACCCCGACAAUUCCCAGCUGAAGACCCCUGCAUCUGUUUUGGAAAUGAAUGAAACCUCUCCUAAAAAAAUGCAGCAGAAAUCAGGUGCCCUGACUGCAGUGGGAGCAGAGGAAGAGGAAGAUGCUGAAUCUCCCUGGGAUUCUGAGGCGGAUUCUGAAAGUCCGGAAGAAGGAUCACCUGGUGUGUUGCUUCCAGCUGCAGACAGACACGGAGCACGCUCGCGGAUUGUUUCAGGGGAGCGCCACACCGGCAUUUUGGAGAACCCCGACAAUUCCCAGCUGAAGACCCCUGCAUCUGUUUUGGAAAUGAAUGAAACCUCUCCUAAAAAAAUGCAGCAGAAAUCAGGUGCCCUGACUGCAGUGGGAGCAGAGGAAGAGGAAGAUGCUGAAUCUCCCUGGGAUUCUGAGGCGGAUUCUGAAAGUCCGGAAGAAGGAUCACCUGGUGUGUUGCUUCCAGCUGCAGACAGACACGGAGCACGCUCGCGGAUUGUUUCAGGGGAGCGCCACACCGGCAUUUUGGAGAACCCCGACAAUUCCCAGCUGAAGACCCCUGCAUCUGUUUUGGAAAUGAAUGAAACCUCUCCUAAAAAAAUGCAGCAGAAAUCAGGUGCCCUGACUGCAGUGGGAGCAGAGGAAGAGGAAGAUGCUGAAUCUCCCUGGGAUUCUGAGGUAUUCCCUGUGAAGGACACCGGGGUUCCCAGUGGGGCGGGGGUGGGGAGCGAGAUCCAGAAGCACUCGGAGCUUGGGCCCUGCCGCGGCUGAGGCUUAUUUCCCCUUCUCCUGGUUCUGCUGUAUGUUUGUAACUGGGGGCCCUUGAA